CGGGAGGCCGGGGCUCUGUGGGAGCUCGCCGGAGCUGCUCUGCCUGAGGCUGUCGGCGGUGGCGGCGCUCGAAGCCCCUCAUGUGUUUCUGCCUCUGCACUCCGGGAGAGUCGGCACUCGGCAGGUGUCGCUCCUUGAUUUGAAGUCUGUCAUCUGCCAGUAGAUGGGUCACUUCUGUGCCAGACUCGCUUGUUUGAUUCACGGCUGUGCUUCACCUGUCUGAUCUCUCCACAAAACCCUUGCAGCUCCUCACUGCACGAGAGCUUUCAUCUCUGAAGAGUGAGCCCUCCUUGUGAAAAGUACUUCUUCUGGAAGCAAUGUUCUAAGAAUGUCAUCAGGCAUCCAAAUAAAAACAAAGUCUUCAACCCAGAAAAGCAAGACACGUUCUGCAGAAUCACAGCCAAAGCCUAGUGCAAAGCUGAAUCCUAAAACUAUUGAUCCAUUUCGUGCUUAUUCUCAACCAUCAUCUGCAUUUGCUGCUACAUAUGCUAGAGGUGGUAUUCCCUGCAGGUUAGUGCAUGGAUCAGUAAAGCACAAACUGCAAUGGGAAUGCCCUCCUGAAACUGUUCCCUUUGAUCCUCUUCUUUUAACACUGGCAGAGGGACUAAGAGAGACAAAACAUCCCUAUACUUUUGUUUCCAAGGAGGGUUUUAAACAAUUACUUCUGGUUGAAGGUGCUGCUGAAAAAGUUAUUCCCUUGCUGCCUCGUCUAGUUCCAGUCUUAAAGGCUGCAUUGGCACAUGCAGAUGAUGAUGUAUUUGGAAGGGGAUUGGAUGCUUUAGUGCAAUUGAGUGCUGUUGUUGGCCCAUCUCUUAAUGAUUAUCUUAAGCUUCUACUCACAAAUCUUUUAAAGAGAUUAAUGGACAAGAAAUAUAGAGAAGAAGUUACUGUUGCUUUACAAAAGUUGGAGCACUGUGGUGGAAGGGCAACUGUGGCAAUCAUCAAAUCUAAAAUUCCAACCUAUUGUUCUAUCUACUCUUGAACAAGGAAACUGUAGUGAUUUAUACUGUAAGGUGAAGUUUAGAAAGAAACUGUCUGUAAAUAUCACUGACACUUAUUUGGGGUAUAAUAUAUUCCCUUAAAAUAAUAAUUAUUCCUCUGUAUGAUGGAGAGCAGGAGUCUUAUCAGUUUGUGAAUAUGUAAUUAUGGGAGACUUUUCUUUGUAUAUUUGUAUAUGCAUUUGACUUACGAUGACACUGAUUAAUGUGCUAUUAUUUCAAGUGUAGUAUAAAUAUUGAUUCUUAUUUAGUUUUUAAUUACAAUUUCAUGUAUUAUAUCUGCAGUGCUUUAUAUGCUUUGUAUAUUUGUGUGAUGCAAAAUAAUUUUGUUGUAAUUAAUUAAAUAAAAUUUAACUUGGUGCUAAAUCA